AUGGUGAAUCCGCUGACACGGUGCACGGAAGACUACAGCCUCCCGCCGUACGCUGUGCUCCGCGCGUCGGACGUGGCCCCCGCAGUUCGAGCAGCCAUCGCAGAGUACACACUUGACUUGAACGCCCUGGAAGAUGACUUGUGCGAAGCCGACUUGAGCACCCUGACGUGGGAAUCGGUCAUGGAUCGACUUGAAAUCAUCGACGACCCGCUCGAGAAACUUGCGACCAUCUUGAAACACCUUUCGUGGGUCACAAACUCGCCCGAGCUACGCGCGGCCUGUGGCGACGUGCAGUCCGACAUUGUCGAGAUCAAGAGCCGUUGCGCCCACAGCGACAUCGUGUUUCGAGCGCUUCAGGCUCUCCGUGCGAGCCCCGCGUACGAGGCCGACUUUACGGUCGAGCAGCAGCGCAUUCUCGACCGCGCAAUCUUUCAAGCCAAGUUAAAAGGAGCGACGCUCAGUCCCAACGACAAAGAGCGGUUCAAGGACAUUUCCCUUCGACUUGAUUACCUGAAAAAAGUCUUCGAUGAGAAUCUCCUCGAUGCCAUUCGGUCCUUUUCGCUCAUCGUCACAGACAAAGAUGAGCUAGAGGGGGUGUCGCUCGCCACAAGGACGCUUUUGGCCAAGAAUGCCGUCAUGGACGGCCACAGAAGAGCGACGGCGGCGACAGGACCAUGGAAGCUAUCUCUGGACUUUGCGGCGUUCAUGCCCGUGAUGAAGCAGUGCAGCCACCGACCGACGCGGGAAGUGCUGUAUCGGGCAUUUAUGACCAAAGCGAGCACUCCGCCGUUCGACAACACACCGAUCAUCGGCGAAAUCUUGCAACUACGCCAAGCCCACGCACACCUGUUAGGGUUCCAGUCGUAUGCAGAGCUCAGUUUCCAGGACAAGAUGGCUCCAUCCGUCCAGGUAGUCGACGACAUGCUAUGCGAGCUGCGCGACAAGUGCCUGCCGCUGUCCAAGGCUGAGCUGGACAAUGUCGCAGCUUUUGCAAAACAGCACGGCCACACAUCGCGCUUGGAGUCUUGGGAUGUGGCGUUCUGGUCGGAGAAACUUCGGAUGGCACAGUAUGCCGUCGACGACGAAGUGAUCAAGCCAUACUUUCCACUGCCCAAAGUGCUGGCCGGGCUCUUCCAGUUGUGUUCGGACCUGUUUGGCAUCGACAUCGAGGCGGCAGAUGGACUGGAAAAGGUGUGGCAUUCGGACGUGUCUUUCUUUCAAGCGCGAGCAACCGACAAGCCAGGGGCCCCGGUCGUCGGGCAAUUCUUUGUGGAUCCGUACUCACGACCGGAACAAAAGCGCGUGGACACGUGGUGCACACCGAUCCUGAACCGAAGCAAGGUCCUCCGGACAGCCAAGGCUCCCGUGCGGCUUCCAGUGUUCAGUCUCGAAUGUAAUCACCCCCCGCCGGGGGGCGACGGAACGAGCAGCCUCCUGUCGUUCAGCGACGUUCUCAACUUGACCUACACAUUUGGCCAUGGCAUACGCAUGAUGCUAACCACGGCCGACCACACGGCGGCGUCGUCCGUGGACGGCAUCGAAGGGGACGCGAUCGAGAUCCCGUCUCAGUUUCUGUCGACGUUUUGUUACCGUCCUGAAGUGUUGCGCAUGAUGUCGGGCCAUUUUGUCACGGGGGCACCGAUGCCGGACGAGUUGGUCGACAGCAUUGUGAAGAGCCGCAACUUUAUGGCAGCCACCGAAUUGCUGCGGCAGCUCCGGUUGGGAGCGACGGACUUGGCGCUACAUCACUCUUACGACCCGUACUCGAUGACCGUGUCAGCUUUCGACGUUCACCGGAGCAUCUUUGCAUCGUUUUCCGUACAGCCGCCUUACGAACACGACAAGAGCUUGUGCAGCUUCAACCAUAUCUUCUCGCUCACGUACGCGGCGGGCUACUACUCAUAUAUCUGGUCCAGCAUGCUGACCGCCGACAUGGGCGCUUGCACCACCGACCAAGAAGAAUGGCAAGACGUCGGUCGCCGCUUCCGAGACAAAGUCAUCGCGAACCUCGGCAUUCUCGAUCCCAUGACGGCGUACAAGCUGUUCCGCGGCCAGGUCCCUCGUGCAGACGCGCUACUUGCUCGUUACGGGCUGAUAUGA